AUGCCAAUCGCACCUCCACUCAACUCUGGCUGGGGAUAUGGAAUUGUCCUUGGCCUGGGAGCUCUUUUCGCAUUUGGCAUGAUCCUUGUAACAUGGAUCCUCAAACGGUAUAAUCAUGAAUUGCAAACAUCAGAAAUGUUUAGCACAGCUGGAAGAACAGUGAAAUCAGGCUUGGUUGCAUCUGCAGUGGUAUCGUCAUGGACUUGGGCUGCUACACUGCUGCAAAGCUCCGGUGUUGCAUACAAGUAUGGUGUUUCCGGACCUUUUUGGUAUGCAUCUGGAGCCACUGUUCAGAUCUUAUUGUUUGCGACUAUUGCCAUUGAGUUGAAGAGAAGAGCACCAAAUGCUCACACUUUCCUCGAGAUUAUCAAAGCUAGAUAUGGAGUACUUGCUCAUAUUGUCUUUACCAUCUUUGCAUGCUUCCUUUUACCACUAGGUGUCGUCAUGUACACCAUGUUCGGUGGUAUCAAAGCCACUUUCCUCACCGACUGGGUGCAUACCUUUAUGCUUUUGAUUAUCAUCCUAAUCUUCGCCUUCAGCGCCUACGCAACAAGCGACGUACUGGGAUCUCCGAAAGCAGUCUUUGAUCUUUUAAUUAAGGCAGCUGCUGAGCAUCCAGUCGAGGGCAAUUCCGGUGGUAGCUAUCUUACCAUGAAAUCGUCAGAAGGCGCUAUCUUCUUCGUGAUCAACAUUGUUGGAAAUUUCGGAACCGUCUUCUUGGACAAUGGUUACUAUAACAAGGCCAUCGCAGCAUCUCCAGUUCACGCCCUUCCGGGAUACAUCAUGGGUGGAGUAUCUUGGUUUGCCAUCCCAUGGCUCUGUGCGACAACCAUGGGUCUAGCAGCCAUUGCUCUCGAAGGCAAUCCCGUCUUUCCCACCUAUCCCAAUCGCAUGGAUCCGGCAGAUGUCUCAGCAGGUCUCGUACUCCCAUAUGCCGCCGUUGCUCUCCUCGGAAGCGGCGGUGCCGUCUGCACACUUUUGAUCGUCUUCAUGGCCGUUACAUCGGCAUCAUCUGCCGAGCUCAUCGCCGUUUCUUCCAUCUUCACAUAUGAUAUCUAUCAAACAUAUUUCAACCCCGGCGCAAGCGGAAAGAGAUUGAUUUACAUGAGUCAUGCAAUGGUCAUCGGAUUUGGGUUAUUCAUGGCUGCUUUCUCAACAGGUUUAUACUAUGCUGGUAUCUCCAUGGGCUAUCUCUACCUAAUGAUGGGUGUAAUCAUCUCCUCGGCCGUGAUUCCCGCAACUCUGACAAUCAUGUGGGCUGGUCACAACAAAUGGGCCGCCACACUCACUCCUCCUCUAGGCCUCAUCUGCGCCGUCAUCGCCUGGCUCGUCACCGCCAAGAAACAAUGCGGCACCCUGGAUGUCGAUUGCACCGGUUCCAACAACCCCAUGUUAGCAGGAAACGUCACGGCCCUUCUCUCCCCUCUCAUCUUCACACCCUUAUUCACCCUAAUCUUCGGCUGGGAUAAAUACGACUGGAAAUCAAUGGCCGAAAUCCGCAGAGGCGACGAUCACGAUUUAGCAGAGGAAGCCGAUGUAGAUCUCGAACUAGUACCAGGCGAGACACAUGCAUCAGCCGCGGAAGAAGCUCUUGAACAAAUCAAACUUCUGCGAGCUUCCAAAAUCGCAAAGGCUAUGACCGUCAUUCUUACACUUGCGCUAUUGAUAUUAUGGCCCAUGCCCAUGUACGGCAGCGGCUAUGUUUUCUCAGAGAAAUUCUUCACCGGAUGGGUUGUCGUGGGUAUUAUCUGGUUGAUCGGCAGUACGCUAACCGUAGGUGUCUAUCCCGUCUUCGAGGGUCGACAUUCGUUGGCGAGAACAGCAAAGGCGAUCUAUCUCGAUAUUACAGGAAAACAACAUCCAAGUAGACAUCAUAGACCCGAAGCUACAUAUGUGGAGGGUGUGAAGGAAGAUGGGGUUGAGACGCCACCGACUGAGCGUAGUAGUGAGAAAGAUAUUGCGAGUAAGAGCGGGGUUACUGCUCAGUAG